AUGACCUCAUUAACACGCCUCUUUCUUCUUGCACUAACAAUAUGUACAGUGAGUUGUGUGAAACGGGAGAUCGAAGAUGUUGAUCCGGAGAUUUUGGGAGGAACAGCCAAGUCCGGAAUCAGGUUCCGUGUGAAUCCAAGUGGUUUCAAGUACGGGAAUGAGCUGUUGGCACCAUUGCUGAGUCAGUCCAUCAGAAGCAUCAGACUUCCAAAAGUGGAGCAAUGCAUUCCGGAGGUAACAAUGACUGCCAUGAACAACAUAAUUUUUUGCAUUUGUAGGUGGAUGGGUGCAUCAAGGUUGAGAAGAUCUUUGUGUCUCGGUAUGAAUGCCCGGAUGAGAUCAGCUUAAGACCUCAAAGUCCAAACGAAGUGAUUCUUAAUAUCAAAAAUCUGAAUUUGGGGUAAGUGGCAAGUAUAAUAUUGAUGUUUGCGCUUCAAAUAUUUUCGCAUUUUUUUUGUUGCUUUUAGCGUUACUGGCGAUCUUGCGGGGACGGUUAACACCAGUGGAACUGCGAUUCCAGUGGUUGGCCAAGCCAAUUGUAAUGCUCAUGGAGUAGGUUAAUGUUGUAAACUUUUAAGCGAUUACAAGUCGUGAUAAAGACGUUACAUAUUAUCCACGCGCAACGUUGUCUAACUUUGAAUUGUUUUUAGAUUGAUGUUGUCGUUGGCCUCACCCUUACUCGCAGUAAUAAGAAGGAGCACAUGUUGAAGAUAACUCAAUGUCGCGCAUCCGUCGAAAGCAUCGAUGUCUUCGUCGAAAAUGGUGGUCUUCUUGGCGAUACGGCCAACAAAGAGGAAUUUAAGUCAAAGAUCGCGGCUCAACUCAAGAUCUUAGCUCCCAAAAAGCUCUGUGAUCUUCUCCCAUCUCUGAUUGACAAGGAUAUAAACAGGAAUCUGAGACAAUUGCCGAGCUCGGUCAGCAUUUCCGAGAUCAUCAAGAUGUUCAAGGAUAUAGUCUUGCCUCUGUUGAGAUCCAAGUUGGAAUGCCCUGCUUCUUGUUCGAAUGGAACAACACAGAGAGAUGCCGAGGAGGAAAAAAUCUGCGAGGAAUGCGGGAAAAUCAGUGAGACAGUGCAGAUGGCUAAGAGUAUCGGAAGAUCUCUUGAUUUUGUAAGUUUUUGUCUUUUGAUUGAGGUCUAUUUCGGGCUUAUUUUAGCCGUUUUGAUUAUCGAUAAUAUAUUUUUUUGAUGGCAGUCUUCUUUUUGUUCAAUAUUUUGCACAUUUCAGAAGAAAUUGAACGAUAUUAACUUUGAUUACUCGAUCGUCUACACCCGCGCCUCAUCCAAAGACCUCAACGUCAACUUGAAAGGAGAGUUUGCCCCACCAAACAGGAUCACUCCUUUCCGUCCUUUCAACACCAAAUUCCCAUCAGAUGUCCCACCAAAUAAUCGAAGAAUGGCCGAGGCUCUUCUGAGUGAUUUUACAUUGAACUCUCUCUUCUACUGGCUCCACACCGUCAAAUUUUUGAAUAUUACUUUAGACAGUUCAACUCCAACAGUCGGAGAGAUUUUGAAGACGACUUGUGGGGAGGAUGAUGACAAUUCUGAGUUCCCAAGUGUUGAGGUGGGUAGUUGGAGUGGUUAUGUCAUAUUUAGCAGGGGAUUUAGUUAUGGGUUAUAUUGUUUUAGGUUGAUGAGGAAGUUCCAGUAAUUUCUCGAGUUCGUCGUUCAUUGGACACUAUUGAGCGAUUUACCCGCGAUGCUGACGAAGAAGAGACCAAGAGCAGCGGUGGAGGAUUGGCUGAUCUCGGCAUCUGUGUUGGUGAUAUUCUCCCCGCAAUCAGAGAAAAACAUCCAAAUGAGAACCUCACAAUUACAGUUCAUUCCACGAAAGCCCCAGCUGUGAUCUUCGGAGAGAAGGAUGGAGGAUCGGCUAUCGGAAGGUUGAAUGCAGAAGCCUCAAUUUUCAUUGUGUCUACAGGAGAGAAGGUGGGAACUGUGGCCAUCGACUUUGAAGUGGAGGUUAAUGUGAUCACGAAUGAUGGAAACUUGACGGGAGGGGCGAAUGUGACCAGAUUACAGCUCAGAGAUGUGGAUCAAACCUUGGGAUUGCCUCAGGAUGCCUUGGACUCGCUUUCUCAAUUGGCUGUUGAUUUUAUUAACAAGGUGAGAGUUGAUUGUAUUGCGCUUGAUGUUAGACUUGACAAAGUGUUGAUUUUUGUUAUUUAAAUUGUGUAAUAUUGAUUGUUUUAGGCCAUGAAUGAUGCUCUGGCCAAGGGAAUCAAUGUCCACUUCCCAGCCGCCGCCACCGGCCUUCCAGUUUCCCUCCUGAAACCGGAUAUCACCUUCAUUGAUCAUGCUCUUCAUGUCUCCGGAGACGUGGAAAUAGACUCGAAGACUCUAGGCGAGAUCGUUGGAAAGAAUGGGGUCAAAGCCGACAAAUGCAAAGUCAAAAAGGAAUUGUGA